AUGCCAUUUGGCUUGAAAAAUGCUGGUGCUACAUACCAAAGAGCCAUGCAGAAGAUAUUUGAUGACAUGCUCCAUAAAGAUGUUGAAUGUUAUGUGGAUGACUUGGUAGUUAAAUCCAAAAGAAGGGAAGAUCAUCUCCAAAAUUUGAGAAAAGUCUUCGAGCGCUUGAGAAGGUACCAAUUGAAGAUGAAUGCAUUGAAAUGUGCAUUUGGUGUUACUUCGGGGAAGUUUCUUGGAUUCGUAGUUCGUCACCGAGGCAUAGAAAUCGAACAAGCCAAGAUUGAUGCAAUUUUAAAGAUUCGCGAGCCUAGGAAAAUUCAUGAGCUCAAAAGUUUGCAAGGAAAGUUGGCAUACCUAAGAAGGUUCAUUUCAAACUUAGCCGGUCGAUGUCAACCAUUCAGCCGACUCAUGAAGAAAAAUGUUCCCUUUGAAUGGGAUGAAGCUUGCACUAGUGCCUUUGAAAGUAUAAAAUCGUAUUUAACGAAGCCUCCUGUGUUGAUUGCACCAGUGCCUGGACGAUCGUUAAUACUCUAUAUUGCUGCUCAAGAUCGAUCCGUCGGGGCUUUACUAGCCCAGGAGAAUGAUGAUGGAAAAGAGAGCGCCUUAUACUACUUGAGUAGAACAAUGACACCAAAUGAAUUGAACUACUCGCCAAUCGAAAAGACAUGCUUAGCGCUCAUUUUUGCAAUUCAAAAGUUGAAGCAUUAUUUUCAAGCACAUGUUGUCCGCCUAAUCUCAAGGAUGAAUCCUCUAAAGUAUGUUAUGUCAAAACCCGUCCUAUCUGAUAGACUCGCAAGGUGGUACCUACAAUUGCAGCAGUUUGACAUAACAUAUAUUCCACAAAAGGCUGUGAAAGAGCAAGUCCUAGCCGAUUUCUUGGCAGAUCAUCCUAUCCCUGCAGAGUGGGAGUUAUCCGAUGAUCUACCCGAUGAAGAUGUUCUUGUGAUUGAAGCUAGUCCUCCUUGGAAAAUGUACUUUGAUGGAGCUUCUCACAGAGAAGGAGCGGGCGCCGGAGUAGUAUUUGUCACAUCCAACGGCGAAGUGUUGCCUCACUCUUUUACCUUAACACAAAAUUGCUCUAACAUUUUUGCUGAAUAUCAAGCUCUAAUCCUUGGGCUAGAAAUGGCAGUUGAUAUAAAGCAACUAAAAUUGGAGGUAUAUGGAGACUCCAAGUUGGUGAUCAAUCAGAUACUCGGAUCAUACGAAGUUAAGAAGCUCGAUUUACUCCCUUAUGUCGAUUAUGCUAAAAGACUUAUCGGAUACCUUGGUGAUGUGACGAUAGAACAUGUGCCUAGAAAUGAUAACAAACAAGCAGAUGCAUUGGCAAAACUUGCUUCUACUUUAGCCAUGCCCGAAGACGGAGCUCAUACAUCAAUUUUCAAGAGGUGGGUCGUACCACCAAUCGUUGAACAUGGAGAAAUUGAAGAAGACGAAACUCGAGUGGUUUACGUGUUUGAAAUCGAGAAGGAAGAUUGGCGUCAAUCAUUUGUGGAUUACUUGAAGUACGAAAAGUUGCCUAAUGAUCCACGUCAAACAGUUGAUAUUCGACGUCGUGCGGCUCGUUUCAUCUACUACAAAGAUACACUUUACAGACGUUCAUUUGAUGGAGUCUUCUUGAGAUGUUUAGGUGAUGACGAAGCCAUUCAAGCCAUAGAAGAAGCUCAUUCCGGAAUUUGCGGCGCCCAUCAGUCAGGACCCAAAUUACAUUUCCGAAUAAAAAGAAUGGGUUAUUAUUGGCCAUCUAUGGUAAAGGAUUCCAUGGAGUAUGCCCAAAAAUGUCAACCUUGUCAAUUUCAUGCAAACUUUAUUCAUCAACCGCCGGAGCCAUUACACCCUACUGUUGCCUCAUGGCCCUUUGAUGCUUGGGGUUUGGAUGUAGUUCGACCUAUGACAAAGUCUUCCGCUGGACAUCUCUAUAUCUUGGCAGCAACAGACUACUUUUCCAAAUGGGCUGAAGCAGUGCCUCUUCGAGAAGUAAAAAAGGAGAAUGUUGCCGAUUUCAUCCGCAUCAACAUCAUCUACCGUUACGGAGUUCCUCGAUAUGUGAUCACAGACAACGGAAAGCCAUUCUGCAACGGUGUGAUAGAUAAACUUUGUGAAAAGUUUGGCUUCAAGCAAAGAAAGUCUUCAAUGUACAACGCUGCCGCCAAUGGACUCGCCGAGGCCUUCAACAAGACUUUAUGUAAUUUGCUGAAGAAAGUGAUUGCCAAGUCAAAACGCGAUUGGCACGAAAGGAUGGGAGAAGCUUUAUGGGCUUAUAGAACAACGUAUAGAACACCUACUCAAGCCACUCCAUAUGCGUUGGUGUACGGUGUGGAAGCGGUCUUGCCUCUUGAAAAACAAAUUCCAUCAUUGAGGAUAGCUAUACAAGAAGAACUCACUCAAGAAGAAAAUGCCCGUUUGCGUCUUGCAGAAUUGGAAGCUCUUGACGAGAAAAGAUUAGAGGCACAACAAAGUAUUGAAUGCUACCAAGCUCGUCUUUCUAGGGCGUUUAACAAGAAGGUGCGGCCAAGAUCGUUUCAAGUUGGAGAUUUAGUACUUGCCGUAAGGAGGCCCAUCAUCGUCACUCAUAAAACGGGAAAUAAAUUUACUUCAAAGUGGGAUGGUCCUUAUGUCGUCAAAGAAGCAUACACAAAUGGAGCGUACAAGUUGGUUGCCGAAGAUGGUUUAAGAAUUGGUCCGAUAAAUGGAAAGUUCUUGAAGCGGUACUAUGCAUGA